AUGUUUUCCUUGAUCUCCACCUGGCUUACGACACUCUCACUUCUUUUUGGCGGAUGUUGCAGUAACGCGAUCACUCUAGAGCAACUCACAUUAGAAUACCCGAAGGCCGGUUCAGUGCUCACCUUCUUCCAAUUCCUAAUCAUAUCGCUCCACGGCCUACCGAAAUUUCUCAUAUGGACACGCUUUGGCCCAAGAUUUCGUCCACGGAAGGUUCCAAUCACGAUCUACCUCGUUCAAGUCACGCUGUUCUAUCUCGUUUCUUUGCUCAACAAUGCGGCAUUUGCAUAUCGGAUUCCCAUGGCAGUCCAUAUUAUUUUUAGGAGUGCUGGGCUUGUAAUCACUAUGCUACUUGGAUGGCUUAUAUCCAAUAAGAGAUAUAACUUCACGCAAAUCUUUUCUGUAUUACUAGUCACCAUUGGCGUAAUCAUCACGACACUUUCCGCACAGUCAUCCGGGGUGAAAUCCAUCUCUCCAACCGAUCCUUACGUCUACGCCCAAGGCAUCGGCAUCCUCACCCUCGCCCUUGUCUUCGCCGGUCUCCUGGGCCUCACACAAGAUUGGGCUUACGCGAAACAUGGAAGACCCAAGCUGACCACACAGGCAUCCGAUGGGCCCCCUGCCUGGCAAGAAUCCAUGUUCUACCUGCACUUCCUCGCCCUCCCCAUGUUCUACCCCCUGCUAUGCGACAUAGUCACCCAAAUGCACGACAUGAACACCAGUGGCCCAAGAGCAGAGUUCAGCGUUCCCGUUCCCAUCCCGGUCUCAACCAACUUCUCGGCGCCCUUCCCUAUGGAUGUUCCUCCACCAUACUCGCUCCCCCGCCUUCCCGUCCACAUUUUCAAGCACACGGAGAACGCCUCGCUGAUCUCGGUCUCCCAACAAGUGUUCGAGAACAGCUCGUACGACCACCCGCUCGUCCUCUCGUUCUCAAUACCGCACAUCUACCUCCCGCUUAUGCUAAACACGAUCACACAGCUGUUGUGCGCAGCAGGCGUACACCGGCUCACGACCAGCGUCAGCGCGCUGACCGUCACGCUUGUUCUUGUCGUGCGCAAGGCGAUUAGCCUCAUCAUCAGCGUCAUCGGGGUCCCCCAGGUUGCGGCUGCCCUGCGCGACGGCUUGCAUCGUGCUUGGGCCGCUACCGGUUUGAAGACGAAUGCUCUCUUCGAUUUAAGCGUGUAUGGAAUCGACGUGGACUCGAUAUUGGAGUCGUUGGGCUCAGCGUUUGUUGGCGGAGGGUCGGCCAAACGACCCCAGGAGGUGGAUAAACGAAUGAUGUGGACGGGAGCAGCGUUGGUCAUGCUGGGCACUGUAGGAUAUACGAUUGGCAGCAGUAGAGGCAAUGCGAAACCUCAGGGGACAAAGAAAGGGAAACAGGACUAG